GCAUAAGGCAGAUACAAGCUAUCAGCCUCACACAUAGGCAAACGUAUAAGUUCAAGCGCCUCCCGUCAAACGCUGAUCAGUAACACCAGAGAUCUUUCAGUUACCUUCCUCAAAUCGCUACAAUGGGACACUCCGACUCCAAAAUAGUACCCGAAAUGUCGCCUCACUCGGCCCAACGAGGCAUUCCCCAUGUACUCCGCGCCUCAUACAAGAAGGGCUUCUCAUCUAAGAUCCUUGUUCACCUGGGAGAGCCCGACAGAGAGCCUCUCUAUUCCAUCAGCCUUCCUGCUGGCUGGUACGGACAGAUGCUCUUACACGACGGCCCCAGCUCAGAUUCUCCUAUCCUCGCCGGUGCUGAGCCUGAAGGCAAAUGGCGAGUCGACUACGGUAUCCUCCUCCCCUCUGUCCCUGAAUACGAAUCAUCAGGCAGAGAGAUCCUACGGCGCAAGAACACAAUGAAGGACCGAUACUGGUUCGGCAUGCAAGUCGGUCGAGGCGCAGACCGACAUGUCGAAAAAUUCGAAUGGAGGCGCUCUCACGGCAGUGAAGUCAAAAGCGUCGGAGAAUCAAGAUACGGCUGGAAGCUUGUCCGGCUGGGUCACGGAGCCGAAGAGCCUAAUGACGGCAACCCCAACGAUGAACCAGAUCGGGGGAAUGGAAUUACAAACGACGGUCACGAGGUUGUGGCUGUGUGGGCUGGAAGCGGUGAUUGGAAAAGCAUGCACAAGAUUGGAACUUUUCAACUUGUUGGUAGUGGUGCCACGAGUGAACUGGGCAUGCAGUGGAAGAUCAUGGCACUUAUGAGUUGUCUGUGCUUCUGGCAGAAGACGAUGCGUGAUAACACUACUAUUGCUAUUACCUAG